CUGUCAUAUUAUUCUCGUCACUUUCUUUGAAUUUUCGUUUGUGUUCAAUUCCAUUUCAAGAGAAAUUGAAGCACUCAAGACAAGACUCAGGACUCCACACUCACACCUAUAUAUACUGAAACAAGGGAGAAGAUGAUGCAAUAAUACACAGACUGAAAUGGCAGCUUUGAAGUUCCAUAUUCUUAUCUUGGCCUCCUGGGCAACUCUUCUUAUUCCUUGCAGCUCCCAUGGCGAUUCAGGGCUUCAGAAAAGACAUGCAGCCCUGUACGUGUUUGGUGAUUCAUUAUUUGACCCUGGAAACAAUAACUACAUAAGUACCACCAAUGAUUACAAGGCAGAUUGGUCCCCUUAUGGUGAAACUUUCUUCAAGUACCCAACUGGCAGAUUUUGCGACGGACGUCUAAUCCCAGAUUUCAUUGCUGAGUAUGCAAAGUUGCCAAUUGUACCGGCAUUUUAUCCGAGGAUUGUGGACUAUACUUAUGGGGUCAACUUUGCUUCUGGUGGAGCUGGUUCUCUAAAUGAAACACAUAAAGGAUUCGUGAUACCCCUUAACGAUCAACUGCAUAAUUUCAAGAAUAUGGAGAAGCAUUUGAGGCACAAUCUAGGUGAUGCAAAAACCUACACAUUGCUGUCAAAUGCUGUUUACUUGAUCAGCAUUGGAGGCAAUGACUAUUUCACUCCAUUCGCGACAAAUUGUAGUUUCUUUGAGACUGACUCACAAGAGGAAUAUGUUGGCAUUGUGAUUGGAAACCUCACAAAUGUGAUCAAAGAAAUAUACAAUAAAGGAGGACGGAAAUUCGGGUUUACAAAAUUGCCACCUCUGGGUCUUGUGCCAUCCCAGAGACCAGGAAACAAAGGCACCUGUGUUAAAGAAGUUACAUCGCUAGCAAACAUACACAAUGCAGCACUUCCUAAACACCUUGAAAAGCUGAAGAGCAAGCUGCAAGGAUUCAAAUAUUCAAUUGCAAAAUUAGACACUUACCUAACUGAAAGAAUCAAUAAACCAUCUAAAUAUGGUUUCAAGGAAGGAAUGAGUGCAUGCUGUGGCUCUGGUCCAUAUGGAGGAAUUUAUAGCUGUGGAGGGAAGAGAGGUGUGGCCAAGUAUCAGUUAUGUGCCAAUGUUAGUGAGUAUGUCUUUUUCGACUCUUUCCAUCCAACAGAAAGGAUUUACCAGCAACUUUCCGAGCUAUGGUGGAACCAAGUACCUAAUGCCAAAGAGCCUUACAGUAAUCUGAAAGAGCUAUUUGAAGUUUAGCCAAAUGUGGGAUCUAUUUGUUUCAUAACAAACUCAGCAUUUUGCAGAUAUAUACAUGUUCUGUUCUGAAAAAGAGGUAAACUGCUAUGUAAUAAUUUCAAGUGGCCAAAAACAGAUCGAAGAAUCUGUAAUCAUGGU